AUGGAGCAAAAUAGAGUACAGUAUGUGCUUCAAACACUCCAAAAUCCAAAGAAGCUGGAGGAGAAAUUAUUACCACUUGUGGAGGAAUGUGUGAAAAUGUCGGUCUCGAAUUCCCUGGGUUGGGCUUUAUUAGCAAAAUUGAUUUAUGCUUGCUCUCAAGAGAUGCUGAAUACUAUCAAAUCGAGAGUUCAGAAAAGGUUAAUUGCUGCUACUAAACAAUCAGCUACAGUUUCUCUAUUACAUUUCAUUCGCUCAUUUUUGGUUCGCUUCCCAUCGCUCAAAAACUACAAUGAACAGUCAUUGGCUUACCUUUGUUCUCGAGCUGUAGAUUUCAGUAUUGCAAACCGUUCAGAGGAUAUCACAAACCUUGCUUCCGAUAUUUAUGCAUUAUGGACUGGUGAUAAGCAUGAUCAUGUGUUGGUGGCGGUGCUAAAGAACGUGUUUAAUGAUGGGAUUAUCGAAACUACUGUAAGUGAAAAAAUGAUGCUGCAUUUCAAUACGCCAGUAGAAGGAAAUCUAGUUUUGGCUUCCACAAUAUUUAUUUUGCAUACGAGAGUUAUAGAGCGAUCUACACCAGGUAGUCCAAUUGCUAUAAAUGAAUGGUUGGAUGUUGCUUGUGAAGCAGUAGCAACUGAUGAUAAUGAAUUGAAGAAUUCUGUUUUCAGAUGGUUGACGACAUUUCUAAAUAGAACUAAAAGUACUGCUCAUCUUGCCGUGUGCAAAAUUUCUGCAUUUAUCAGUGACUUUUAUUAUCCUAGCCGAGCUUAUUACGAAACAGUAAAAGAAUAUGUUCGGUUGGGACCUAAUUUAAGCCUUAAAUCACUUUUCGAAAGACUCAUCAAUGAUGUUUCAUACCAUUUGCAUUCGCAGGAAUAUGGAAAAUUUUAUGCGGAAGCACUAGGAACAAUGUUGGAGUUGAGACCUUAUCUGUUGGAUGUUCGAGAUGUGAUACAAUUGCAGCAAAUAGUUUGUCAAGAAGCUUUUCAAAAUAGAGACUGUAAACCAGCCCUUUCAUUGCUGAAUUCUUUACUCUCAAUGAACCACGAAUUAGCUCCAUCACCUAUUCAGAUAGCGCAAAGUAUCUUUAAUAGUAGUGAUAAUUGGUGCGAUGAAGUACGUUUGGGACGUGCGCUCUGUUCAGCUAUUUCGCGACCAAUGAUUCAUGCACUAGUUUCUAAAGAGCAUUUAGUAGAGAAAACAGAUAUUGUGAAUGGAGACCAGCGAUCUUCGCACAACCGGUUAUCUAGCGACAAUGCAGAACAAUCUUACAACGACACUGUUGAAAACAUGCUGAUUUCUACUAAUAGCAAGGUUUGUGGUACAAAAUCAGAUGAAAAUAUUGACAGGAAACGUCAUUCUUUAUUGAGUGAGUUAACAGAAAAGCGAUUACGAGCGGCUCUCUCUGGUGUAGACAAUUCUUCGUUUAUAGAGAAGACAGAUUUGUACCCUUCACACUCAGAUACAAGUGAUAUGGAACAAGUGUCAGACGAUGGUAUUUUAAUAAAUCGAGAACCUGAUAAUCCAGUCUUGAAAAGCGAUAUUUUAAAGUUAGAAUCUGCAUUUCGUGAAAAACGAAAUUCUGAUAUCGACAUUGAAAUUUUGGAAGAAAACAGAAAUGGCGAAAAAUUGUCUGUUCAACAGAUGAUGAAUGAUUUUGUUCCGACUUUGAAAAACCACAUGUUUCAAAUUGAUAAGCGAUAA